AGAUCUUGGAUAGUCAAGUUGUAAAGAUUUGAACUUAGAGGACGCUAAUAGCCAGGUCCCUGAUUAUGUGAAGAAAAACUAGUAAGAAAAGAAGCUGACAUGUUGGGAUAAACAGAAAGACUUCUGAGUACUUGGUUCUGGUGACAGUUUCCUGGAAUGUCCUGCUUCCUGCUUUCCCUCAGUUGUUCAUUUCUUCAUAUAAUUCUAUGAGCCACCCCAAUAAAGCCUCUUUUUGCUCACAUUAGUUCAAGUUGGAGUUCUUUUAUUUUAACCAUAAGUGUAGGAGUAUGGACAUACACACACACACAUACACACACGAGAUAUAUGUAUCUCUCUUUCAUCUAUAGUAUUCCAUGGAAAUCCAAUUCUUUAAUCUUGCUGAUUUCCAGGGCUUGAUCAAUAUUCUCUCUUCUACAUUCAUUGAAUUAUCUCAACAUUUGGGCCACAAUUUAAAGUACUAUCCUUGUUCUUCAGCAAAACCAUUUUUUUCCAAAAACCUAUGAUAUGAUUGGCAGAGAAGGACCUUAACGAUCUUUAACUACACAUCCCUUUCUUGGUCCUCCUUUGCCAAUCAUGUCUGCACACUUUUGUUUUUCCUCCAAAUAUCUGCUGACCAAAAGAAUCUUUGAACUGACUCUAUCUAGUUUUCUUGCUGCAAAUCUAAACCAAACCUGGUAUGCGACCAUACUAAAUCUAGCUGAGAGGUUUAUUGUAACACACUGUAAAACUUACACUGGAGACAGGCAGACCAGGUUUCUCUGGCUUUCUGGCUUCCUUACAUCUCUAACAAUGGCCCCUACUCCCUCUUCCCAGUGCUUGAUUUUACAUGAGGCUUUUCUCUUACAUAGAACUCCCUGUCUUCUUUAGAACUGCCACUCCAUGCCCUUUCCAAUUUUUUUCUGAACUCUAAAAUCUCAUCUCUGUAAGAAAACCUUCCCUAAUUAACCUCAUUUGGUUCUAAUCACUCUUCUACUUAGCAGCCUCUCAGAAUUCUUCAACAUAUUACACCUCUGGCUGCAUCACCUGGUCUCUUGCUGCGUUGUUCUCUGUGCAUGCAGUACAACUCCCAUUUGCCUGCAAACUUCUCUGAUGCAUCUGCGAGCCCUUGGGUGGUAAUAAUACUAACGCUAAAAAGCUAACAUGGCGGGCUUAUUAUGCUCCAGACACAAUGCUAAGUAAUUUACUGGCAGAGUAUUUAGAGCACUGUUUGUAAGUAAGCCAUUAAUACAGGUUUGUUAUUCUACUAUUUAUAGCCCAAUUAGCUUGGUAUUAUUAUUAUCUCCAUUUCACAGAUAAGAAAACUAUGGGGCACAGAGAGUUACCAUAACUUGCCUAGGGUCACAGAGCUCCUUAAUUGGCAGAGACAAAACUUGAUCCCAGUCUGUUUGACACCAAUAUCUAUCCAUGUUCUUAAUCAUUACAAAAAAAUUUUGCUAAAUACACACACACACAUCAAUUCAUUUUGCAAUAGUACCGCUGCAGUUUUCAGAACAGUGUAAGUUGUACUCAAGGCAGGUUUUACUUUGGCAUUAAUUCCCCCUUUUAAAAUUCAACUGCCUUAGAGAUAUAAGGAAAAAGUCACAAAUAUUUUUAUCUCCCUAGAGAUUUUUAUUUUGAAAUUUAGGCCACUGAAAUAUGUGUCCUUAGGGAAAACAAUGGUUUGAUUUUCAAAAUUUCUAAAUUGCUAAGGAACUGAGUCUUUGCUUUUAACUAUUAAUACGCAGCUUCCGUCAGCCUCUUCAGUUAUAUUUUCUUUAGCAUUUCUCAGCCACCAAUACCUCAUAUUUGCUCAGGCAGGAAGAGUGAGACCAUGUCAAGGCUGAACAAUGUUAGAAACGCAUGGGUAUAUUGACACUACAAAUGAUUAAUAAUGGUAUUAGAGACUCAACCCCGAUCAAGCAAUACAUCUUCUUAAAGUUAUUUUGAGUACAUUUCCAUUAGAUGCUCCUCACAAUGGCUCUGUACUGUUACAGCUUUCCUCCUGGUCCUGUUGUGAGGUUACAGAGGGAGAAAUGCCCACUUCUGAUGUCGUCUCUCCUGGGUUCUCAAGAGGCCUUUCCCCUCCCACUCCUCUCCCUCCCUUCUUCUCCUCCUUCUCCCUCUCCUAGGCUGCCCUGCCCCUUUCUUCCUUGGCUGUCUGAGCCUGCUUGGAGGGAGCCGAGGCUCGCUGGACCCUGGGGCCUGGGGCCCUCUGAAAGGCUGCCGGGUCUCUGCGGAGCAGUCAGGUGACAGACUCUCAACCCAACCAGCCCUGGUGCCACAGCUCUCCCCACAGCGCCCGGAUCCCAUCUCUGGAAGUUACGAGCCCGGGGCUCCGCCCACCCCUCCAGCCAAGCCAGACACAGUCGCCUCCCUCGCGAUUUCCCCCGGGCCGAGCGAAUGGGCUUGAAGGCGACUCCAGAUGCGGGAGGCGCAUCGCGAAAAACGUGUCAUUGAGAAGAAAGUCCGUUUCCUACAGGGACUGCAGUUGGCAGCUGCAGCCACAGUCGGUUGCGAGACAGGCUCCCCACCUGGGGAAGCGAGGCGGCUCGCGCGCGCGCUCGGCGGGAGGACGCGGCGGCGGGACUCGAACCGGGUCGUCGGGGGGCGCCCCGCGGGGUCCCGUCUGCGGCCGGGCCGGCCAGCCCGGGCUGGAGCCGGCGGAAGCCGGCGAGCACAGCUGUCUUCGCUUGGACUGAGGCCUCCGCUCCCUGCCGGCUCCCCUCUCUCCCGCCUCCCGCCCCAGAAAUGAUCUCAAGCGUUGCGCGUUUGAUUCCAGAGCCCCACUCGGCGGACAGAGCAGACCUCAGCAGCGGCGGCGUGGGGAGGACUUAGCCGGGACCUGGAAUCGUAUCCUCCUGUGUUUCCUCAGACUCCUUGGAAAUUAAGGAAUGCAAUUCUGCCACCAUGAUGGAAGGAUUGAAAAAACGUACAAGGAAGGCCUUUGGAAUACGGAAGAAAGAAAAGGACACUGAUUCUACAGGUUCACCAGAUAGAGAUGGAAUUCAGGGGAAAAAAAAGACCCAGAAGACUCAGCUUCUCCUCACCUCUUGCUUCUGGCUCAGAGCCCUCUCGUUAACUCUGUCUCAGAAGAAAAGCAAUGGGGCACCAAAUGGAUUUUAUGCAGAAAUUGAUUGGGAAAGAUAUAACUCACCUGAGCUGGAUGAAGAAGGCUACAGUAUCAGACCCGAGGAACCCGGCUCUACCAAAGGAAAGCACUUUUAUUCUUCGAGUGAAUCAGAAGAGGAAGAAGAAUCACACAAGAAAUUUAAUAUCAAGAUUAAACCGUUGCAAUCUAAAGACAUUCUUAAGAAUGCUGCAACUGUCGAUGAACUGAAGGCAUCAAUAGGCAACAUUGCACUUUCCCCAUCACCAGUGAGGAAAAGUCCGAGGCGCAGCCCGGGUGCAAUUAAAAGGAACUUAUCCAGUGAAGAAGUGGCAAGACCCAGGCGUUCCACACCAACUCCAGAGCUUAUAAGCAAAAAGCCUCCAGACGACACUACAGCCCUUGCUCCCCUCUUUGGCCCACCAUUAGAAUCAGCUUUUGAUGAACAGAAGACAGAAGCUCUUUUAGAUCAGCCUGAAAUAUGGGGUUCAGGCCAACCAAUUAAUCCAAGCAUGGAGUCGCCAAAGUUAACAAGGCCUUUUCCCACUGGAACACCUCCACCACUGCCUCCAAAAAAUGUACCAGCUACCCCACCCCGAACAGGCUCCCCUUUAACCAUUGGACCAGGAAAUGAACAGUCAGCCACAGAGGUCAAAAUUGAAAAACUACCGUCCAUCAAUGACUUGGACAGCAUUUUUGGCCCAGUGCUGUCCCCCAAGUCUGUCGCUGUUAAUGCUGAAGAAAAGUGGGUCCAUUUUUCUGAUACGUCCCCGGAACAUGUUACUCCAGAGUUGACUCCAAGGGAAAAGGUCGUGUCCCCACCAGCUGCAGCAGACAACCCAGCUGGCUCCCCAGCUCCAGGCCCUCCUGGCCCCCCGGGUCCCCCGGGUCCCCCAGGGCCCCCUGGGCCUCCUCGCAAUGUACCAUCGCCGCUAAAUUUAGAAGAAGUCCAGAAGAAAGUCGCUGAGCAGACCUUCAUUAAAGAUGAUUACUUAGAAACAAUCUCAUCUCCUAAAGAUUUUGGGUUGGGACAGAGAGCAACUCCACCUCCCCCACCACCACCCACCUACAGGACUGUGGUCUCGUCCCCCGGACCUGGCUCGGGCAGUGGUACGGGGACCACCAGUGGUGCAUCAUCCCCUGCUCGACCAGCCACUCCUUUGGUCCCUUGCAGCAGUACCACUCCACCUCCACCUCCUCCCCGGCCUCCGUCCCGGCCAAAGCUACCUCCAGGAAAGCCUGGAGUCGGAGAUGUGUCCAGACCUUUUAGCCCUCCCAUUCAUUCUUCCAGCCCUCCUCCGAUAGCACCCUUAGCCCGGGCUGAGAGCACUUCUUCAAUAUCGUCAACCAAUUCCCUGAGUGCAGCCACCACUCCCACAGUUGUGUCAGAAGAUGAUGUUUUUUAUGACAAACUGCCCUCGUUUGAAAGGCGCUGUGAAACGCCUGCAGAGAAUGAACAGCCUUCCCUCGUUUGGUUUGACAGAGGAAAGUUUUAUUUGACUUUUGAAGGUUCUUCCAGGGGACCCAGCCCCCUAACCAUGGGAGCCCAGGAUACCCUCCCUGUUGCAGCAGCGUUUACAGAAACUGUCAAUGCCUACUUCAAAGGAGCAGAUCCAAGCAAAUGUAUUGUUAAGAUUACUGGAGAAAUGGUAUUGUCCUUUCCUGCCGGCAUCACCAGACACUUCGCCAACAAUCCAUCCCCAGCUGCUCUGACUUUUCGGGUGAUAAAUUUCAGCAGGUUAGAACACGUCCUGCCAAAUCCCCAACUUCUCUGCUGUGAUAAUACACAAAAUGAUGCCAAUACCAAGGAAUUCUGGGUAAACAUGCCAAAUUUGAUGACUCACCUAAAGAAAGUGUCCGAACAAAAGCCCCAGGCUACAUAUUAUAAUGUGGACAUGCUCAAAUAUCAGGUGUCCGCCCAGGGCAUACAGUCCACGCCUCUGAAUCUGGCGGUGAAUUGGCGGUGUGAGCCUGCAAGCACUGACCUGCGCAUAGAUUACAAAUACAACACGGAUGCGAUGACCACCGCCGUGGCCCUCAACAAUGUGCAGUUCCUGGUCCCCAUCGAUGGAGGAGUAACCAAGCUCCAGGCUGUGCUCCCGCCGGCCGUCUGGAAUGCUGAACAACAAAGAAUAUUGUGGAAGAUUCCUGAUAUUUCUCAGAAGUCAGAAAAUGGAGGAGUGGGUUCUUUGUUGGCAAGAUUUCAGUUAUCAGAAGGCCCAAGCAAACCUUCCCCAUUGGUCGUGCAGUUCACAAGUGAAGGAAGCACCCUUUCUGGGUGUGACAUUGAACUUGUUGGAGCAGGGUAUCGAUUUUCACUCAUCAAGAAAAGGUUUGCUGCAGGAAAAUACUUGGCAGAUAACUGAUAAAAUCUUAUGCAAGGAUUUGGAGGAUUCAUAUAGUGAAGAACUGUUGUAAGACAAACAGGUUUUAAUUUUGGUUUGAUGAAAACAAACCAAUAUCUGCACUUGGGAUGUAUCAGCUAGGAAGUCAGUGACUUUCAGCCAUGAUUUCCCUCACACAAUACCAUGAUGAGCAGUCCUACAGUAUUUACUUCUAGGUGUAAUAUUGUUAAUGGUUUUAAAAUGUAAUUAUUGUAUUUGUAAAUUGUACUCUCAUUCCAGUAAGGCAGUUAGACACUUGAGUUUUAGCAUUUUACCAUUCCUGAAAUGGAUGUAAUUUAAACUGUGGUAUGUAAAUUUAAUAGUAGUACUGUCGAAUGGCACAAUGCUUACAGAGGUAGAUUGCAUUCUGUCAAUAUAUAAAAGUUAAAUAUAAUAUUGAUAGCUGUCAUAAAGGGGGUGCCACAUAUAAAGAAACUUAAGUGGAACCAGAAAAAAAAAAAGAAACAAACUUACUUUUCUUCAGUCUUUAGUAUGUUUUACUCUAGUACUAAAUAAAAAUUCUAUCUUCAAAUGUUUAGUGGAUUAAAUUCAUAAAUAUUUCAGAAAAAAAUUCUAAGGUUACAGUAUAUUCAAAGAAAAGCAUUAAUUACCACUUUUUAAAAAGCUUUUUUUUCAAACUGCAAAUUUCAUAAAAAUGCAAAAUGUGUAAACAGGGCCUCUUAUUUUUAUAACUUGUGUAAAAAGGGAAAGCAAUUCAUAUUUAAAGUUUAAGUAUAUUAAAUUAUAAUCAAGAAUAAAGAAGAUGUUGAAGUCUUAACUACUUCCCCCUCUCUCUACAGUUUAGCAAAUAUGGAGCUUGCUGAAUAGUCAGUGAGAUUAAAACCAAAAUUGCGAUUUUGAGAUUUCAAGACUUUCCAUAAUUGAACUGGUUGACAACUUUUGCACAAUUGCUCUGAGCACAUGGUCUCUCUCAUCUUGCAUGAGGGAAUGAUACCUUGUGUCUUCCUCUUCACCCACAGAAUCAAAACACUGAGACUAAGAAUCUUAGAGGAAAAAAAAAUUUAGUCCCCUGUUUAGAUCUAGAAGGAGAAUUUUAAUCAUCAUUUAUAUCAUUUGGGAAAGAAAAAAUAAGCUUUAUAAAUGAAAUUCUAUUCACAUUAUUGUGUAAUAGAUUUCCUUUUGGAUGAUUAAGAUUCAUUGUAUAAAACUGUAAAUCUUUGCCUUUCUUGGAGAAUCAAGAGGAGAGUUAUCAAAAAUUUAUGUCAUUUCAUUGUUGCAAGAUAUAAUGAAAAUUGUAAUCACUCAGUGUAGCCCCAUGAUAUGAGCAUUCAGAGAGAACUUCCUCAGGAGUCUCAACUCUAAAAACCUUCCCCCAUUAAGAUCUGAAAACAUUAGUCUUCCGUUAAGUCACAGAACUUAUUUUAAACAUAAACCAAUUCCUGUUAUAGGUUACACUAGUACAUAACUAUAAUUAUUAAGUUGUUAUAUUUAUCAUUAGUUGCUAAAUUUCGUUUUAUAUACACUCAAAUUUGACAAAGAAUCUUUAGCCCCUCUAAAUUUUAGAAUCAAAUUAAAUUUUUUAAGUCUUACUUUUAAAAUGAGAUUGUGACUGGCAAUUGUUUAUAGUGGAACUUUUUAAAUUAACAUUUGUACUCUUCAAUCAGUUCUUGCUAUGUUCAAAAUGACCUGUUUUACCUUGGUAGAAUUUUUACCAUUCAAACAAACUCUCAGUUAGCUCCCCAAAGCAGUCUAGUGUUGAAGUUUUUUUGAACAAAUUAAUAAACUCAUUUUAUGUGAAGAUAUUCAAUUUGGUUUUGGAACCAAAGUAGAAAAUGCAAAAUUUUAAAUUCCAUGAAACAUGGGGAAAUUUGGAACACUAAAACCAGUGGAGAGUAAGCAGAAGAUAAUUGAGAAUUAUCCAGCAUAUGAAUAUCAAAAUGUGUUUUAAGUAAUCAGUUCAUGAAAAAACGUAAUGAAUAUUAACAUAAAGCAUAUUAAAAAUGUGUAAAUAUGA